CUCUGCCCCCCGCCAGUCGCCGCCAUGGAGCUCUCGGAGGUGCGGUGCCUGAGCGACAGCGAUGAACUUUACACCAUCAAUAGGACCCCCCCCGGCAGCAGCCGACCCCAACGCCUGCUGUGGCAGACGGCCGUUCGCCACAUCACCGAGCAGCGCUUCAUCCAGGAGCACAGCAGCAGCAGCGGUGGCAGCAGCAGCGUCGGGGGCAAGGGCUUCAGCUCGGAGGAGACCUGCUGCCCCAACCACCACCCGCACCACCACCACCACCACCACCUCCGGAGACAGUCAGCCGGCCGGAGUUUGGGCAGCGAGCGUCACAACAACGGAGGCACCAAAGUCUUCCCGGAGCGCACGAGCAGCAAUGGGGACCUGGGCUUUCUGCCCCUGGACUGUGCCCCCAGCAACUCUGACUUCUUCCUCAACUGGGGCUACACCUACCGCGGGGUGAUCUUCCCCACACUCCGCAACUCCUUCAAGUCCCGGGACCUGGAGCGCCUUUACCAGCGCUACUUCUUGGGCCAGCGGCGCAAAUCCGAGGUGGUCAUGAACAUCCUGGACGUGCUGACCAAGCUGACCCUGCUGUUCCUCCACCUGACCCUGGCCUCCGCUCCCAUGGACCCCAUUAAGGGCAUUCUCUUGGGCUUCUUCACUGGCAUUGAGGUGGUGAUCUGUGCCUUAGUGGUGGUCAGGAAGGACACAACCUCGUACACCUACCUGCAGUACAGCGGUGUGGUCACCUGGGUGGCCAUGGCCACACAGAUCCUGGCGGCUGGCCUGGGCUGUGGCCUCCUUGGGGAUGGCAUUGGCUAUGUGCUCUUCACACUUUUUGCAACCUACAGCAUGCUCCCGCUGCCGCUCACCUGGGCCAUCCUGGCUGGGCUUGUCACCUCUGUCCUGCAGCUCGUCAUGCAGCUGGUUAUCCCUAGAUUGGCUGUGACUUCCCUCAACCAGAUAGCGGCUCAGGCAGUGUUAUUUAUGUGUAUGAACACCGCAGGAAUCUUCAUUAGCUACCUAUCAGACAGAGCACAACGUCAAGCCUUCCUGGAGACUAGAAGAUGUGUGGAAGCCAGACUGAGGCUAGAGACAGAAAACCAGCGACAGGAACGGCUGGUGCUCUCUGUCUUGCCACGGUUUGUAGUUCUGGAAAUGAUAAAUGAUAUGACCAAUGUAGAAGAUGAACAUUUACAACACCAGUUUCAUAAGAUCUAUAUUCAUCGCUAUGAGAAUGUCAGCAUUCUUUUUGCAGAUGUUAAAGGAUUCACCAACCUCUCCACAACUCUGUCAGCCCAGGAACUGGUCCGAAUGCUGAACGAACUCUUUGCCAGAUUUGACCGACUAGCACAUGAACAUCACUGUCUUAGAAUAAAGAUCCUGGGAGAUUGUUACUACUGCGUGUCUGGGCUCCCAGAACCUCGCCAGGAUCAUGCACACUGCUGCGUUGAAAUGGGGCUCAGUAUGAUUAAAACUAUCAGAUAUGUUAGGUCAAGAACAAAGCAUGACAUUGACAUGAGAAUAGGGAUACAUUCAGGAUCAGUUCUGUGUGGAGUGCUGGGCCUGCGAAAGUGGCAGUUUGAUGUCUGGUCAUGGGAUGUGGAUAUUGCAAACAAACUCGAGUCUGGUGGAAUUCCUGGGAGAAUCCACAUCUCAAAAGCCACUCUGGACUGCCUUAAUGGGGAUUAUAAAGUUGAAGAAGGGCAUGGCAAAGAACGCAAUGAAUUCUUGAGGAAACAUAACAUAGAGACUUAUUUAAUUAAACAACCUGAGGAGAGUCUGUUGACUUUGCCUGAAGAUAUUGUGAAAGAGGCUGUCAGCUCCUCCGACAGGAGAAACAGUGGAGCAACAUUUACUGAAGGAUCAUGGAGCCCUGAACUUCCAUUCGAUAACAUUGUGGGAAAACAGAACACUCUGGCUGCCCUAACAAGAAAUUCAAUAAAUCUGCUUCCAAACCAUCUUGCACAAGCUUUGCAUGUCCAGUCUGGGCCUGAGGAAAUUAACAAGCGAAUAGAGCACACCAUCGACUUACGGAGUGGCGAUAAAUUGAGAAGAGAGCAUAUCAAGCCUUUUUCACUGAUGUUUAAAGACUCCAGCCUGGAGCAUAAGUAUUCUCAAAUGCGGGAUGAAGUAUUCAAAUCAAACUUGGUAUGCGCAUUUAUUGUUCUCGUAUUCAUCACUGCUAUCCAAAGCUUACUUCCUUCUUCCAGGGUGAUACCAAUGGUCAUUCAAUUUUCUAUUCUGAUUAUGUUGCACUCCGCUCUUGUGCUAAUCACCACAGCAGAGGAUUACAAAUGUUUACCCUUAAUGCUCCGGAAAACUUGCUGCUGGAUUAAUGAGACCUACUUGGCCAGGAAUGUCAUUAUAUUUGCAUCUAUUCUGAUUAAUUUUCUUGGAGCCAUCAUAAAUAUUCUAUGGUGUGAUUUUGACAAACCAGUACCUCUGAAGAACCAGACGUUCAAUUCAUCUGCAUCUUUUUCAGACAUCUGUUCCUAUCCUGAGUAUUUUGUCUUCACUGGUGUGCUGGCAAUGGUGACCUGUGCAGUCUUUCUUCGUCUCAACUCUGUCCUGAAGCUGGCAGUACUUCUCAUAAUGAUUGCAAUCUAUGCUCUGCUGACUGAGACCAUUUAUGCUACACUUUUCCUGCAAUACGACCACUUCAACCACAAUGGAGAAACAGACUUCCUGGGUACAAAGGAGGCAUCUUUACUACUGAUGGCAAUGUUCCUUUUAGCCGUAUUUUAUCACGGUCAACAGCUUGAAUACACAGCAAGGCUAGAUUUUCUGUGGCGUGUUCAAGCAAAAGAAGAAAUCAAUGAAAUGAAGGAGUUAAGGGAGCACAAUGAAAAUAUGCUGCGGAAUAUUUUACCCAGUCAUGUUGCACGUCACUUCCUGGAGAAGGAUCGGGAUAAUGAAGAAUUAUAUUCACAGUCUUAUGAUGCUGUUGGUGUGAUGUUUGCUUCUAUUCCUGGAUUUGCUGACUUCUAUUCCCAGACAGAGAUGAAUAACCAAGGAGUAGAAUGUUUACGCUUGCUGAAUGAAAUCAUUGCAGACUUUGAUGAGUUACUAGGUGAAGAGAGAUUCCAGGAUAUUGAAAAAAUUAAAACAAUCGGUAGCACAUACAUGGCUGUGUCUGGAUUAUCACCUGAAAAACAGCAAUGUGAAGACAAAUGGGGGCAUUUGUGUGCUCUAGCUGACUUCUCCAUAGCAUUGAAUGAAAGCAUACAGGAGAUCAACAAGCAUUCCUUUAACAACUUUGAGCUCCGUAUUGAACAUAAGAAUGUCGUUUCUUCACUGCAUAGCACUGAUAGGGUUGCCUUCAAGAAGUGCAGAGUCAGAAAGAUUUUUCCUACUGCUUAAGAAAUUGCAGGAACUUUGACAAUAGUGUGCAGAAUACAGGUGAUACGUAAGUACUGCAAUUCCACUGUGAUGGACAACCUGUAAAAUCACUCUGAGGAUAUAACGUUUCAUGUUUUUAUCUUUUCUGGACUUUUUUCUUUCUUUUUAUAUAUACCUUUUCCUUAAACUUAACGAUAAGUGUAUCUGACCGAGGUUUCAGCUGGUUCUGAAGUGCAAAUAUGGUUUUCAGUUAUUCUUGCUUAGCUGGCUACAUCUUCCCUUCUUUUAUUUUAAACACUUAUUUCUUUUUAAUAGGGAUUAGUCAUGGCUCUGUUGUAGCAGGAGUUAUCGGUGCCAAGAAACCACAGUAUGAUAUCUGGGGCAAAACAGUUAAUUUAGCAAGUCGAAUGGACAGCACAGGAGUUAGUGACAGAAUACAAGUGCCUGAAG